UCCCGGUUCCUCCCUUCGCUCGUCGCCAAUCAUCCUCCACACUCCGGAUCCUGAUCUCUCUGCCAUUGGGACAGGAGGAGAAGGGAGGCUGGGCAGCCGAGAAAGACGAAUCGUGACGAGGCACCAAAGCGCGGUGUUAUGCACCCGCUGACCUACUAACAUACAUUCGAGAGAGCCGUGGCGCUGCCCGCUGAACGAAGCGCUGCGUGAAUGUCUCCGGAGUGAAACACAAGAUACGAGCGCACCGCAAGACACAAUACUGCACCCCACCGCACCCCGAACCAGAGCCAGAACCGGGACUCAGGCUCCGCAGCAUCAGACAAACAAACACAACCGAUUUGAAAUAGACCAGCGAGGGCAGAAAACUGUGGACUUCAUUUUAUUAAAACGCAUAUUUUUUUUUUUUUUUUUUCUUUUGGCAAAACAGAUCGUUCCUGUUGGCUGUCUUUUGGAAGAAGUUCUGGCACAGACUAGAACUUCGGGAACUAUUUUUCAAAUCCACCUGCUAAAUACACACAGACCAAGACAAACAAAACCCGUUGAGCCUGUCUUUGAGAACACAGCAUUGAACAAAUCCAACGCUACAUAAAUGAGGACUAACUUUGUGGAACAUCAUCGCUUUCUGAUGUCCCUGGCAAACCUCGGCACUUGAUCUUGGACAAUUCUACAGGAAACCAUUGCGACUGCAGAUUGCUGGAAAACAGCUUCUCUCCUCUUUUAGGGCUCAAUGCCAUGCGUGAGUCAUCGGCUCAGCCUGACUGGACAAUGGAAAGCCUGCACUCUCCUGCCAUGAGCAUUGCCGACAGUUACUAUGAAGAAAGGCUCGGAUCCCCGCCCCCUUCCGGGCUCCUCAAACCCAAACCCAGCACGAGCUGCCGGCGCAAACGGGAGUUCAUCUCGGACGAGAAGAAAGACGCCUCCUACUGGGAGAAGAGGCACAAGAACAACGAAGCCGCCAAGCGCUCGCGGGAGAAGCGCCGCCUCAACGACGCGGUCCUGGAGAAGCGCGUGCUGGCCUUGAACGAGGAGAACGUGGGCCUCAAGACCGAGCUGCUGCAGCUCAAGCUGCGCUUCGGGCUGAUCAGCACCUCCUCCUACGUGGAGAAGAGCCAGCAGCUGAGCGCCUGCUCCGUCAACCGCUACUUCGCUUCCAGAGGCUGCUCCAGCGGCUCCCAGGUCGCGCUCCAGUCCGAUUCCUCCGAGGCUGAGCAGUCGAGCCAGGGCGGGGGGCACACCCCUCUGGCAAAGUACUCGCCCCGCGGCUCCCUCUCCGACAUGUCCGACAGUUCUUGCAGGGGCAGCCCCGAACCUAUGAACUACGACCUGAAACCAUCCCACUUGGACCUUUCCCCUUCCCCCUCCUCCUCCCCCUACUCCCCCUCCUCCUCCUCCUCCUCGGAGCAGGAGAACCCUGCGGUGAUGUUCCGGAGUUCAUCCCACCGCCACGAAGUGGGAACGGCUUUCCAUCACAGGCCAACGCCCCCCCACAGGGGCGUGAUCCUCUACAGAAACAACGGCAGCUCUUACCCAGUGGAGCCUCCACAAGACCCAGAGCAACAGCAGCAGCACCCAGCCUCCCUGGAAGAGCUCGGCACAAGCCAGGCUCUGUCCGGCUACCUGUACCCAGCUCCCCAGCCCCAAAUCCUAGCCCCUGCAUCUCCUCUUCCCUACGAACCUUCAAGUCUGGCAGGGCAGGAGACCUACAGUCGCCAGUCCCCGGCGCCACCCUACGCGGCGGACUUCUUGAAACCCAGCUGCACAGCUUUUGAGCACCCCUACCCCAGCCCCCCGUCCCACAGCUACGCGGACAGGAGGCACGGCUACUUCCACAAAGCCUCCGCUAAAGAUUGUCCAUCCUCCUCCUCCUCCAGCAAGGGCAGUCCCAAGAGCUCCGAUAAAGACGCAUCCACCGACGAAGACUCCCCGGCCUCCUGUCCAGAGAUCAGAGGCUACCACUGCCUGUCCGCCCCACCUCUGUCCCCAUUCCCCCAAACCGACUCCCAGACGGAGAUCAAAGCGACCGCCUUGCCCCACAAACUGCGACUAAAGUACCGGGCGCUCGGCAGUAGCUUAGAGGCUCCCGUCCUGCCACAGCACCCCUACCUAGUGCUCUCUCACGGCAACCAGCAAGCGGGCAGCGAGAGGGACGACCGCAGCGAGGAAGAGGCCUACCAGACGGCAGUCGGGUCCUGCAAACCGCGAGAAGGGGAGUCGGAAAGGUGGGCCAUUAAAAGGCGCGACUAGAUUCUAAAGACUCUAAGCACCCCUGGUGAGGUCGAGGUGGAGCCUGCACAGCACUUGAGAAUUUUCUCUGCUGCAGGGCGUAGAAGGACUAGGGGAUGAGGGAUGGGGGGAAAAAGGGAAGGGAAACGUACUUUCUUAGACAGGUUUGGAACUAGUCAUAUGAAGCUAACAAGACUCACGCCAAGCUGGCUUUUACAUUGCAAGAACGUUUUCUCGACCAAAGAAACUAGUUCCAUUCACCGCCCCACCCACCAUGCCUCCUAAAAUGUUUUUUUAUUAUUUUAUUUUUUUUUUACAAGCACUUGGAUUGUAAAUUUGAAUGUGAUAUAUAUAUAUUUUAAAUAAGAUAACGGGAGAUGAGUGAACGGGGGGCGUUGUGUGUUGAGACUGCCGUGCUGUUUAACUGGUGUUUCAGUCGCCAGGCAGACCCCUUCAGAAAGUGGCGCGGUGUCGAGGGAUUGGAGCAGGCUAGGGAGCUGUGCACUACGAGAGCCAGUUCUUGAAGUGGGGCACUGCUGGCUGUUUCUAGGGUUUCUGAUCAUUUUGUUUCCGUUUUGAAGUUCUUUAAUAUUGAGUCCAUUCCCUCCCCCUGUGGGUUUUGACGACUCCCUGUUCCAGAACAUUCUGUUAUGCUGCUGCUGGGAAUGAGCGCUUAGCAACCAUCGCGUGUUGGGCAGGGCGAAUAAAACUGAAACUACUGAAUGAGGCAAAUAAAAUAUAUUUUACCACUAGUGUAACAGCUUCAUCAAACCCUGUGCUUUUUCCUAAAGGAGGGAUAUUACUGGUUGGGAGAGACACAAACGCUAUAUUUAUAGACACAGGUUUUAGGGUCUGCUUGUUUCUAAGAGCCUCCCUUUCUCUUUCUAAAGCAGUCAACCCAAAUCGAGAAGCUCACUUCAGUUCACCUUUCAGGUGUGUUUAUUGGACCAGGAUAGAGCCCCUGAGACAGACAUCUCCUUUACAAAGGGGGUCCUGGCAGGACAAGGCUGCGGGAAAUAACAUUAUAAAAAUCAACGGCAAAUAAGAGGCAAAACCGCUCAAACAGGACGAAAACACUUCAGUCCUAAAAACAGGGAUCUGAAAGCCUGAAAUAAAAACAUAAUUGACUUGAUCCUGGGUCUAGUCUGUAUUUACAGGAUUCGCAAAACCCUGGUUUACAAUCUGAAUUAAUAAAAAUCCCAUUCCUACCCCAGAGUAUCACUCUGAUAGAAACCCCAGCUAGCAGAGCCAUCAGCAGAGCGUUACCAGCCCUGCCUGCCUGUCUGCUACUGACCACAGCACUGCAAACACAAUGGAGCUGCACAGCCCAGCGGUCCUGCCAGC